AUGACACCCCUUAUUCUCCCACUCGCCUUGUCUCACUCAGCCUCUCAACAUCUAAUCCUACUCUCACUUGAGCCAUUAACACCCUCAUUAUUCUCCGAUUUCGGCACAGCUAUAUGCCCACCCUUCACGCCCUCAUUGACGACUCCUCCCCGCUCACCCGCGUCUAUCCCUGUCCCGCUACAUUCCCCUCAUCAACCAGCCCCGGUCUUUGCAAACCGGAAUUCUGCGCUUAAGACGUCUCCGGUCUCGCAAUUCACGAACAAAUACCCCCCGAGCCCGGUUUCAAACCCUCAGAUGAGUAUGUUCUCUUGUUUUCCCAGAAACCUAAGUGGUAUCGGCAUCGAGGCUUCCAAUUCGGGCGAGAGCAUCUUCAAAGUCUCGAUUCUGGAGCGACAUCCUUAUACGACCCAGACAUUCAGUCCGCUCGGCCUCUCCGCCUCGGAUUCUUCAGCGGUCUUCCUCGUAGUUGUGGCUCCCUCGCUCCCUUCUUCAACCACGGCAACAACUCCCAGCGGACAGAAAACAAUGGUCGUCGACCCCCCAGAUCUUUCCCGCCUUCGCGCCUUCCUGGCCCGAGGCGACCAAGCAGUCACAUAUGCCCCCGGAACGUGGCAUGCACCGAUGGUUGUGCUGGGCCAGCGACGCGUCGAUUUCUUGGUCACGCAAUUUGUGAACGGUGUGGCAGAGGACGAUUGCCAGGAGGUGCUAUUGGGGGGGAAUAAUGUAGGAGUGGCUUUGGGUGGUUUAGACUUGGAUGGUUAUGGAAAUAAAGGGAGAUCGAGGUUAUAA